CUCUCUUCUCUCUUUCCCUUCCAUCAUCCGUCAGUCCCUGUGCUCGGUCUAAUUCUGUCUGAGCCAGUGGAGGUGUGGGUGGGGGGACAAGCUGCUCUAUCUACAAUCCCAGCCCUAAGCAGGCAAAGGGCAAAGACACGGGCCACGUUAACUUGGUCUCUGUCUGUCUCCCCAGCCUGAUCCACUGGGACAGACGUCAGCUUUCAAGACUUUUUUCCAAACCAAGACCCAUUAAAACUUUCUGAUGCCUGGAAACAUAGUGCAGGAUUAAGUCCUGAGAAUGGACAAAGGGGUGUAGGGUUUCUGGUGGUGGCCAAUGGUUUAGUUUUUUCAUAUUCUCAUAUAUCACAAACCGUUUGGAUGACGUUGCUGGAUUGGAAUUAAACACUGGAUUAAAUUGUGCAGACGAUCCAAGGAUUUACCACAAGUAUUUGUUUUCAUGGCAACAAAAUCUCCAUAAAGGAUUUAAGUUUUGUAACAGAAUAUUUAUUUUGAAACCAUGACUGAAACAGCUGAAGCACGAACAUCGACCACUACAACCAUGGUCCUCGACCACAAGAACGGAGAUGCUGGGGCACCACCUGUGCGGGUGUUGAAGAAAUCUUUUACAGAUGACUUUUACUCUACUUUCAGCUCCCCGCUGGCCUGGAUCUUGGUUCUGGCUCUUAUCAUUACUUGGUCUUGUGUGUUCGUCAUUAUGUUUGAUCUAAUGGACUACAAGACCAUUUCAGGUCACCCACCCAGGAAGGUUUUAAAGGAUUCAGGGCGUAGAGGAGGCCUCAGCAAGAUCAGCUCAGACCCCAUGAAGGCGGUAAACGAUGCCGUGGACGAAUCAUCAAACAUAAUCACAGGAAUCUUGAAAUUUGCUGCCAACUUAAUUGCUCCAGACGACGAUGAAGGAACUCUAUACGCAGUCAGAAAAAAAGGAGAAUUUCUACCAUCACGAACUAAAGUCAUAGGAAUGCAAGCACAAAAGCAACCACCAAUGGCUGAAGUUCUGGAGGAUGAAGAGGGGGAGGGAGAGGCAGAGGGAGAAGAAGGGGAUGAAGGAGAGGAGGCUGGGGAGGGCGAAGAGGAGGAGGAAGAAGAGGAAUAUGAGGAAGAGGAGGAGGAGUAUGGAGAUGAAUAUGAGGAAGAGGAGGAGUAUGAUGAGGAGUAUGGAGAUGAAUAUGAUGAAGAGGAGGAAUAUGAGGAGGAAGAAGAAGUAGAUGAGGAGGAGGAGGAAGAGGGGGAGGAGGAGGAGGGGCUGGAGGAAGAGGCAGAAGGAGAUGAAGAGCAGGAAGGCGAAGAACUGGAGGAUGAGGAAGAGGAGGAUGAUGAUGAAGUUUCUCCUGAACCCAUUUCCACUUCUGAGGAUGAAGAGUCGGCUGUAUCUCCUGAUUCUGAGUCCGAUAUUCCUGUUGGGGUGACAGACAGUGACGAAGAGGUAACUUUACCCGAUGAAGAUGAUGAAAAAGAUGAAGAAGAACAUGAUGAAGAUGAAACCAGUGACGAUGAACUUCUUUCCAGUGAAGAGGAAGAGGGGGAGGAUGAGCUGGAGGAUGAUGAAGAAGAUGAUGAAGAUGAUAGACUAGCUGAGGGUGUUACUGAUAGCGAUGAUGUCAUUGCAGAAGACACUAGCGAUGACCUGGAUCUUCCUCCUAUUGUAGCUGGUAGUGAGGAUGAGGAAGAUAUUGAUCACAAACUGGCAGAGGAUGAAGAUCUUUCUCCUCUUCCUGCUGAAGAUGAAGACUUGGAAGAAGACAUAAAAGCUGUAGACACAGACGAGGAGGAAGAUGAUGAUGAGCUGGACCAAUCAGAUGAGGACAUCUCUGUUGCAUCCUCUGAACACUUUGCAGAUGAUGAAGAUGAUGAGGAAGACCGUAAAGAUGAUGACCUUGACCUGGACUUUGACAAAGAUAUCCUUGAAGACCUUAAACACAAAGAUGCUCAAGACAAACCUGAUGUCACUAAAGAGGGCAUCCCUGAUGAUGACAAAGAGGAAGAGGAGGAGGAAGCUGGCAUUCCUCCCUUUGCGAGCACAGACAGCGGAGUCUUAGGUGAUGAAGAUGAUGAGGAUGACAUUUCCUUUGAUACGGAUGAGGACUCCACUGGAGAAAUAAUCCUGAGUGACUCUUCUGACACAACUGAUGAUAAGGAUGUUGAUACAAGCUCUUUGGAUGAGGAGGAUGAAGAAGACGAGGAUGAAGAUGAAGAAGAUGAUGGUGUUGGUGAAAUCUUGAUGGCAGCUGCUGCUGCAGGAACAUUUACUGUCCAGGAGGAGGCAGCAAAGACUGAUGAAGACCAUGAAGAAGGGGAUGAGCUCGAAGAGGCUGAAGAUGAAGGGAAGACUGAAGACACAGAAACAAAAGAAACAGGCACCACCCGGCCUGCAGCUCCGGAGGAGAAGGAUGAGGGCAAAGAUGAAGAGCCAAUUUCUAAACCCGACAAAUCUGUAGAUGAACAGGAAGACAAGAAAGAGGAGUACGAUGAAGACGAAGAUGAGGAUGAGAAAGCAUCGGUGGAUGUGAUCAAACCUGUUCCUGGACCAGAGGAGGCAGCACCAAAGACGGAACCCACAGUGUGUCCCUGUAUGCACUCUGCAAAGACCAAAGAGUCUCCCACUAAGACUGCUAAGGCAAAAGAUGCUCCCAAGAGAGUUUCUGCUGUGAGAAGGAGAAAAGAUCGGGAAACUGUGAGGACUGUAAAGGCUUUAAAGACAGCUGAGAAGCCCAAACGGACAGCUCUUCCCAGAAUGACUGGUCUGCCUCCGAAAAUAGCAAAGAUCCGAAGAUUUCCUCCUUUUCUGAAAGCCAAGAAAGUAGAUAAACCCAAGGCUUCCAAAGCAAAGACAGAGACCAAAAAGCAAGAACAGGUCACAGACUCUGGACAAGAAGUUGGGCCUUGCAGACCUGCACCAGUCUAUUGCCCGUCCCCACCUGGAUGGUAUGUUCAUCACAUAGUCACAGACAAUCCUUACCCUCCUCCCACCAUGUCAGCUCCCUCUGCUCCUGUACUGACCGCCCACCCUGUCCAUCCCGGAGCCCCACAGACACAGGGCGUUUAUCAGCAGCAGCCUCCGCCACCACCAAUGCAUCCACUGUACGCACAGUAUCAACCAUAUCAGCCACCACUUCAGCCUGUGAUGCCGCCUCCACCAGAUCCAGUUCAACCGCUCCAGCCUGUACAGCCAGAAGCUGCAGAAGAAGAAGAAGAAAAAGCUCCUGCCCAACCUGAGGUCCCGACUCCAGCUGUUGAAGCUCAGCCUGCUGAAGCUCCGGUUCAAGAACCAGAGGCUGCUGAGGAGGACGUGAUUGCUGUCUCCACAAAGAAAGCAAAAAAGACAACAAAGGCUGCUGAUUCAGACAAAGAGCCAGGAGCAGCCAAAGGGAAAACAAAGAAAGACGCUGCUGUUUUGGAAGAGAAAACCAAAGUAGACACCGCAAAGAAAGUGGCAGCUGCUAAAAAAGAGAAAAUCAGAACUGAUGCAGGGACAAAAAAAGAUCCAUCUGCAAAACAUAAAGCUAAAAGUGCUGCAGCUCCUAAGAAAGCGCCUGCGGCUGAACGACAGAAGAGGAAAGCAGCCUCUGAAAAGACAGUGGCACCUAUCAGGAGCAAAGUGAAGGCGUCGACAGCUAAGACAGAUCCAGAACCACGUCCACAGCCACUCAGACUGAGACCGAGACUUGACAUUGGCCGGAGGGCAAAUGUAACCUCUGAGGCCCACGAGGAGAAACCUGCCAGAUCUUCAUCUGAACCAGCCAAGACAAGAUCAAAAUUAUUGGCAGCAAAGAAAAGCCAAGCAGAGAAGGCUGAAAAGAAAUCUGUCAAAGAGUCUCAAGAAAAAGAGAAACAAGCAUCAAAAACUGAAGAGCUCAAGAAAGAAGAAAAUAUUACAGAAAAGAAGAAACCUGGACAGAGAUUCUUCCAGUGUGUUUAUGUCCCGGGCAAAAAUGCCCAGUACCCUUUACGACCUUUCACUCCAGCCAUGUCCCCCACCAUGAUGUCUCCUGCACUCAGAGCCAUGUUGGAGCAGCAGAGAGCAGCCAGGGCAUCUGGGCAGUAGGACCACCUGAAGCCUCUAUAUAUAUCUGAUAGCACUUCAUCUUUCCAUCCAGCAGGGGGAGAUGUUUGAAUCUGUGCUAGCUUUACAUUCAGAGGAUGAUCACAGAGAGAGAGAAAAAAGUGGACAGACUUACUUUGUCUUUAAUUUAUUGAAAUAUUUAGUGGUUGAGCUCCUGGGGUUGCUGUUAAUAUUGCCCAUUUUACCCUCUGCUUAUGCUGCUCUACUAUACCUAUUUUCAGUAAGAAAAAUGCCAUCUUGUGAAUAUUAUUUUAAUUAUAAAUAGUAUUUAUAAUGUAUAUAAUGCAUGUUUUUAAUUUAGAAUGGGAUAAAUGGGUCACAUCUUAGCAUGUAAUAUAAAACUGUUUUUGUGUUGCUCUCCGUGAUGCCCCUUAUCAGAUUUAACAGUAAUUUAAGGUAGUUUAGUUUAUAUCCAAGCAAACACUUAUACUCUAUUAAGACAAGGUUUUACUGUCUAAGAUUAUUUGCAACAGGAAAAUAUAUUACAUUGAAUUGAAUGUUAAUGUCAGUAAACCCAAGCAAAUACAUUACAUAAAAUAAGAUUGAAUUGAAAAGUAUUUUUUCCCAUUUUUUCAUAUAAAUAACUGCAUUUUCAGUUCCUGUAACCAUGCCCCGUGUUUGUUUCUGCGGCUUUGCUGCAUCUGCAAUAGAACAGAAUGCAAAUGUUGGAGGGUCAAAUCCCAGGAGCUCCCACAUUGAUCCGAGCAGCAUCCCUGUCACUGAACAUCCAUCAGCCUCAUCAAUCGUAGGCGCAUGCUGUGAUUGAUGGACACAUAUGUCUUGACAUAUUAUGAACACAUCUAGCAUGAAACUGUCGGCCAUUUACCUUUCACCGCUAAUGUUUUUUUUUUUUUUUUGUAGAGGUUCAUUUCAAUAUGUUACAUGCCACAUUUUAACUUGUGACUCCACUUAAAGUGGUGUAUUGGAAAUACUGUAGACUAGUAGAUGAAUAAAAUAUAGAAGAAUCUGAAAAAAUAGAUAUUUACUAACAUCCAAGAGGCGCCCAAAAGAUUUGUAUAUCUGUAUGAAUACAAACUCAAUAAUGCAAUGCAGUCUCAUUACACAUAUUGGAGCUGCAAAAUUAAAUAAACCUGCAUCCAAUUAAGAAACAUAUUUAAAUGAAACAUAAAGCUAAGUAAGAAAAAGGGGAUAUGAUUUUUUAAAAUACAUUUUCUUGUGUAUAUACAAUAAUUAUUAAAUAGUCUAGGUUCUCUGUGUAACUUGAAGCAGCUUGUAUGUGGGACUGUGGGCUUCCCAGUGGUGGUUUAUUGGCCAGGAAAUGAGUAUGCAGCAAAAUCAGCAAUGUUUUUGUGGCGCCUCAUUAGGUGUAAUAAAUUCAGAAAACCUGUUUUUGAUUUGUUUUUCUUUUAAAGCCAAAGAUUGCAAUGCUGUGCUUUUAUCUUAAAAAUGAAGUGCAAUUCCUGGAUAGUAAAUGUCUUGUAAUGAUGUGUUUUAUCACAGAUGACCUCUAAUUACUUACAAGUAUCAGCUCCUCAUGUUCAGAGGCAGGGACAACUUUGAUGUGACCAACUCAUGAGACACUGUGAUGUCUGCUACACUGAAUGAAUGUCAUUUGUGUUAAUCAUCAGCUUAUUUAUUAAGUCUGAUCUUGUCAUAUUUCUUUUUACCUCAGUCAUUCAUAGCUCUGGUUUUGUACCUUAUAGCAACAUGGCUGCCUUGUUGACACUGCCAAACUGUUGCUGAGCAUCACCAGUGAUUUCUGUCGCCGUCUUACUGAAUGAAAACUUGAUGAAAAGAACCAAAAAAGGUGUUUUUAAGCUGGGCUUAAUCCUGGGAUAUGACCCACUCUUGCCCAGAUUGUGCUGUCACAUUCACCUUUUAACAGAGUGAGUUCCUAAAGACACACAAAUCUACUAGUUUUUAAUAGCUAGUCCAUGCUUUAAAAAAAUGCUUUUGACACUCACGGCCAGAGUAAAGACAACGCAAAGCACUCAUAUUGUUGCAUUUUUAACAUAUUAUGACCCUGUGGAUUGAGCUACAUCAAUUAUUAAGAUGUUAUUUUAAAUUUGAUUUUUGUUUUUGUUUUUGAGGUAUGGCAGUGAAGUGCGGCUCAACCAGAGGUUCUUGAAGUUAUCAGGGCCAGGGACCUCUUAGAGGGGUGAAAGUUUUCCAAGGUUCCCCUCAUAAUCCACAUUCAAAGCAGUUAAGAUGCUUUGAACCUCGUGUUACUUGUUGUUGUGGACUGACUCAGAUAUUUCCCUAUGCUAUCUUGCAAGGUAGUCAUCUAACUAAUACGCCAAACUAUGCAGCAGAACAUUUCUGCUGUCCUUGAGUGUUGUUACGGACUUUCUACCAAACUGACUCAAUGCAUAUUGAUAUCAGACUCUCCAUUAACCCAAAGACAACUUUGGGGAUAAAAAUGGACUCAAUAUAUAUUCAUAUUUUUUUAACUGUGAAAUUGUUACCAUUCAUUAAAAUCCACUUUUAAUGAUGCAGCACAGAUUACUCAAUUUAAAGCAAAUUAUUUUCAGACCCCUCGGCUAUGAGAUAUCAACCGUAGGGCCGACUCACCAUUGCACUUGCUAAUCCUAACUGUAUUGUAACUUUUUCUAAAACUGCUUUUUUUAAAGCCUCAAACUGUGUUUAGCGAGAAAUUGAAUUUUAGAGGUGAGUUUAAAGUAAGUUACUUGAAAACUUCUAUUUAAUUAUUGCAAACUAAAAAAUCAUCCUCCAGCUUAAUAACAUAAUUAGAAAUUUUUCUUGUUCUUUUUUAAGAGUUAGUUCUAAAUAAAGUGACGUUUACUGAUAUGAACUGAACAUUUUCAUCACUUGUUUUACCAAUAAUUAGCUGCCAAAGAUCGCACAGUGGCCAUUUUGACUAAAACUAGUGUGUUGCAACAUUAAAGAAGGUCCUGCCCCUUUUAGGUGCAGGCCCAUAAUUUUUGUGAUAUUGUUACAUAAAUAACAGUCUUGAUUUCCUUAGACUCAAUCUAAAAGAUGAACAUAGCCAGUGUGACAUCACCCAUUGGUUUCUGGACUUUUUCUUUGUUUUUAUUUAGUUUAUUUCAUUUCAUUUUUCUUUAUUCCUGAGUUUAACAGAACAUUGAUUGUAAGGGUUUUUUGUAAACUCUCAUUUUAUAAACAAGUCUGAAAUGAAGUGUAUCCCUGAGGUUUCAGUAUUGCGCUCCAGGGGUGAGGUCAGCAGUCCUGAAGUGGUAAAGAAGCCUAAUGAGAUCUGACAUAAUGUACUGCUGCAACUGAUUGUAGGUGGUGUAAGUGUUUGUUGGAGUAAGUUAUCACCUUAAAAUGUGGUUUUUACUGGUGUUUUGAUUAAUCAUAUUCCAGAAGGGCGUAUCAGCAGUAGUCUGCUGGUGCCUCAGUGUUCUGAAGGUCCUCAAAACAUAUAAAACAGUAAUUACAGCAUAAACUGUGGCUAUGUGCUGUAAUUAUGUUUUAAAGUGUUAUUAACUGUAAUUUAACGUGAGUUAAACCGUGAUCUCAUACAAGAAAACGAACCAGAAGGAACACACAAAAACAUCAGAGCUCUAUCUAAUGUAACUCCAGGUCCUUCAUACAUAUUCAUGUGAGCCUACAGUUGUAAGGCUGAGUUCAACUUGACUACUCUACGUCCCUGAUUAUGUUUUAAGUACAUGCGUUUGGAUGGUGUUGUUAAAAGCAAGUGAUCUGCUUUUUCUUAUGCAUGUUUUUUUUUCUGAAAAGCUGUAGUGCAACACUUACACUUUUGCUUCACUGUAUUUCACUAUGAUGUGUUGCUGUCAUAUUUGUCUUUCAUUCUUUUAUUGGUUGGUAGUUAUCUGAAACUACAGACAAAUUCAUGUAAUUGAUCUGCGAUCUCCAAGGAGAAUAAAAAAUAGCUGGGUUUCUUGUAGAUACUUCAUCUGGGAUUGGAGUGCAGUUUAACACUCUUUAAAAAAGUCUAAUUCCACAAAAUACAGUUUGAGGUUGUUUUGUUUUGGAAGGAUAUAUUUUGUUAACAAAUUGUACUAUUUUCUGCAUGAUAAUGUCAUUUAUUUAAAUUCAAGGCUGCUUUUUUUGUAACACACAAGUAAGACUGCGGUGUCACAAAAAGCAGUCACUCUGGUGCUGUACAAAUACUGUAGAUAAUAGUUAAUGAGACUUAUCACUCCAUUAGUUCUCAAAGAUAAUAAUAAAUUUGUUAACACGUUUGCUCAAAAAACUGUUUUAAAUUAAAGAUGUUUUUUUUUCUUGUGCUUUAUCAAAUAUGUAUGAAAAUGAUGUUUUAUUAAGAGAAAGUAUGAACUACCUGCUGCAUGUACUAUAAAGCAGAUGUGUUUAAUUCACUCAGUCACUUUCCAGAAGCCAGUUAAGUGUCAUACCUGACAUUUCAGGCAAUAAUAUCAUUGGAGGGACAACACUGAGUCUGCUGUGCUUAUGUAGGAAACUUUUACCACUAUGCAGUUUUUGUGUCAAAACCUGAAUAAAUUUUUGAAGAUAUCUAUGAGGGGCA